GUGCGGCGCAUAGAGGCAGUCGGCGAGCGGCGCUGGGCGAGCGCGGCGCGGCGUGGCGGCACCGCCAGUGCUGCAGUGAGGGAGGCGAGGCGGAGGAGAGGAAAAAAAAAAAAAAAAAAAAAGAGAGAGAGCGAGCGGCUCCAACUGUUGAAUUUUCGCUGAACCUCCACUUGCUCCGCGGGCGGCUGGUGAAAUGGAUCUGGCUUACCAGGGAUCGGCGUGGCUUUUGCGUGCUGUCUGGCUGAGGCUGGAGACCGUCUGUUUGAGAGGGGCCACCCGUCAAUGAGGCGGAGAAGAGAUCGGGUGUUUUCUUGGGGUUUUGAGAGCCUCUUCACCACAGGUUGCAGAAUUAACUGUGUACUUUGGGGUCCGGACUCAAAUAAAGGAGGAAAAAAAGCAGUGCAGGACUGAGACUUGGAACUAGAUCUGUGAGCUGUGCAUUGGGAACUUAUGGGUUGUUUUUUAUUUUUUUUGCUAUCUUAAUCUGAAAGAUCUCUGAUUAUUUCACACAUAACACUGAGGAAAGGUGGUUAAAAACACUCAGCAAAGCAGGAGACAGACGCGCCUCUGUGCCAGUGAGUGGAUAACAGCCUUGUUUUCCUGAUCCUCAGUCUCCAGGAGAAAGAGAAAAACAACCACCGCCGCCGAUUUUUUAUGUUUGUUAUUUUUACUAUCCUUUGUACAUCUGCGGAGAUUCAAGGAUCUGGAACACUUCGCCUGCCCAAAGGAGAAGACCUUUUUGCCAAUUUUCUGAUUUUUGAAAUCCUCCCACUGCCGAAGUUGGACAGCCGAAGUAACUGCGAGGGGACUGCAAGCACGGCAAGCGCUUGCUGAAAGGCUGCCGAGGCUGCUCCCCCUCCCCCGCGGCCCCCCCGCUCGCUCGCUCCCUCCCUCUGAGCUACAUGGUCCAUUUGCUGCCUCUCAUCCUGUGUCUCUGCAGAUGUUUUAGAGCAACAGGUUCAGGAACUUAAAAUAUAGGGGUGGGGAGAGAGGAGGGGAAAAAAGAAAAAGAAAAAAAAAAAAAAAAAAGGAACGGUGUUGGAGGAGGAAGAGCAAUCCCCGCACAGGAGGCAGAGAAGACGGGGACAACCCUGGUCGCCGCUGCAGCUGCUGCCACCCCCACCCCUGCUCGGGGAUGUACCUUUCCAUUUGUUGCUUCUUCCUCUUCUGGGCUCCCGCCCUGUCGCUGAAGAACCUGAAUUACUCGGUGCCGGAGGAGCAGGGAGCGGGCACGGUAAUCGGGAACAUCGGCCGCGAUGCGCGUCUGGCGGCGGGCACGGCGGGCGGUGGGAUGCUGCCCGCUGAGCGCGGCGGCCCCGGCGGUGGUCGCGGCGCCAAGUCCACCUUCAGGGUGCUGGAGAACUCAGCCCCGCACCUCCUCGAUGUGGACGGGGAGAGCGGGCUGCUCUACACCAAGCAGCGCAUUGACCGCGAGGCGCUGUGCCGGCGCAGUGCCAAGUGCCAGCUGUCCCUCGAGGUGUUCGCCAACGACCAGGAGAUCUGCAUGAUCAAGGUGGAGAUCCAGGACCUGAACGACAACGCACCAGCGUUCCCUUCUGACCAGGUGGACAUGGACAUUUCAGAAAACGCUGCACCGGGCACCCGCUUCCCCCUCACCAGCGCCCACGACCCAGAUGCUGGGGACAAUGGGCUGCGCACAUACCUGCUCACCCGUGAUGACUAUGGCCUCUUCUCCCUUGACGUGAAGUCCCGUGGUGAUGGCACAAAGUUUCCGGAGCUGGUCAUCCAGAAGCCAUUAGACCGUGAGGAACAGAGCCACCACACCCUGGUGCUGACGGCACUGGAUGGCGGUGACCCACCACGCUCAGGCACGGUGCAGAUCAAUGUGCGCCUCAUUGACUCCAACGACAACAGCCCUGUCUUUGAGGCAGCCUCCUAUGUGGUGGAACUGCCAGAGAAUGCACCACUGGGCACAGCUGUCAUUGACCUCAAUGCCACUGAUGCCGACGAGGGCACCAACGGGGAGGUGCUCUAUUCCUUCAGUGGCUACGCACCUGAGCGUGUCCGCGACCUCUUCAGCAUCGACCCACAGAGUGGCCUCAUCCGUGUCAAGGGCAACCUGGACUACGAGGAGAGUGGCCUUAUAGAGAUCGAUGUCCAGGCUCGGGACCUGGGACCCAACCCUAUCCCUGCUCACUGUAAAGUCACCGUUCGUCUCAUUGACCGCAACGACAAUGCGCCCACCAUUGGCUUUGUGUCUGUUCGCCAGGGAGCACUGAGUGAGGCUGCCCCACCAGGCACUGUCAUUGCUCUGGUGCGGGUCACCGACCGUGACUCUGGCAAGAAUGGGCAGCUCCAGUGCCGGGUGCUGGGCGGUGGUGGUGGGCCUGGAGCCGUCCCUUUCACCCUGGAGGAGAACUACGACAACUUCUACACUGUGGUCACCGACCGUCCCCUAGACCGUGAGGCACAGGACGAAUACAAUGUGACCAUCGUGGCACGGGAUGGGGGCAACCCACCACUCAACUCCACCAAGUCGUUCUCUGUCCGGAUCCUCGAUGAGAAUGACAACCCACCCCGCUUCAGCAAGAACCUCUAUGUGUUGCAGGUGCCUGAGAACAAUAUCCCUGGAGAAUACCUGGGCUCUGUAUUGGCCCAGGACCCGGAUCUAGGGCAAAAUGGGACAGUUUCUUACUCCAUUCUGCCUGGGCACGUAGGCGAUGUCUCCAUCUACACCUAUGUCUCUGUCAACCCAACCAAUGGUGCUAUCUAUGCCCUGAGGAGCUUCAACUAUGAGCAGACAAAGCACUUUGAGUUUCGCGUGCUGGCCAAGGACUCGGGUUCGCCCCACCGCGAGAGCAAUGCCACAGUACGUGUCACUGUGCUCGAUGUCAAUGAUAAUGCACCCCUCAUUGUCCUGCCUGCCCUCAUCAAUGACACUGCCGAGCUGCAGGUGCCACGCAACGCCGGGGUGGGCUACCCGGUGGGCACUGUCCGUGCCCUGGACAGUGACUUUGGGGAGAGUGGGCGCCUCACAUACGAGAUUGUGGAAGGCAACGAGGAGCACCUCUUUGAGAUGGACCCCACUAGUGGUGAGAUACGUACCUUGCACCCCUACUGGGAGGAGCUCAGCCCUGUGGCUGAACUUGUGGUAAAAGUCAGUGACCAUGGCAAGCCCAGCCUCUCUGCAGUGGCCAAGCUCAUUGUGAGGGCCUUGGCAGGGCCCCUGCCUGAGGCUGGUGAGCCGCAAGUGAAUGGCGAGCAGCACCGGCGACCACACUGGGACUUGUCUCUGCCCCUGAUCGUGACCCUGAGCACUGUCUCCAUCAUCUUGCUGGCUGCCAUGAUCACUAUUGCUGUGAAAUGCAAGAGAGAGAACAAGGAGAUCCGAACCUAUAACUGUCGCAUUGCUGAGUAUAGCCACCCUCAGCUGGGAGGAGGGGGAGGCAGUGGCGGGGGAGGAGGAGGCAGUGGCAGUGGAGGGGGCAAGGGCAAGAAGAAGAAGAUCAGCAAGAAUGACAUUAUGCUGGUGCCCAGUGAGGGCGAGGACAGCCGGGGCCCCCUCAAUGUCAUGAACGUGGUGAGCAGCCCAUCCCUGGCCACCUCACCCAUGUACUUUGACUACCAGACCCGCCUGCCCCUCAGCUCUCCCAGGUCUGAGGUGAUGUACCUGAAGCCCGCCUCCAACAACCUGACUGUACCCCAGGGACAUGUGGGCUGCCAUACCAGCUUCACAGGGCAAGGGACUAACGCCAGCGAGGCUCCCCCGAGCCGGAUGUCCAUAAUUCAGACAGACAAUUUUCCCGCAGAGCCCAAUUACAUGGGCAGCAGGCAGCAGUUUGUUCAAAGUAGCUCCACGUUCAAGGAUCCAGAAAGAGCCAGCUUGAGGGACAGCGGGCAUGGGGACAGUGAUCAGGCUGACAGUGACCAAGACACUAACAAAGGCUCCUGCUGUGACAUGUCUGUUAGGGAGGCACUCAAGAUGAAAACUACUUCAACUAAAAGCCAGCCACUUGAACAAGAACAGCAAGGCAGAGGCCAAAGACCCAUUGUUGGGAUCUGUGGACCAGCCCGCUGUGAGGAUGGAAAAUUUUCAGAGCAAGAAGAAUGUGUUAACUGCACAGAUGAAUGCAGAGUGCUUGGUCAUUCUGACAGGUGUUGGAUGCCACAGUUCCCUGCAGCCAGCCAGGCUGAGAAUGCAGAUUAUCGCACAAAUCUCUUUGUACCCACAGUUGAAGCUAAUGUUGAGACUGAGACUUAUGAAACUGUGAAUCCCACUGGGAAAAAGACUUUUUGUACAUUUGGGAAAGACAAGAGAGAGCACACUAUUCUCAUUGCCAAUGUUAAACCUUAUUUAAAAGCCAAACGUGCCCUGAGUCCUCUGCUUCAGGAGGUUCCCUCAGCAUCGAGCAGCCCAACCAAGACAUGCAUUGAGCCUUGCACCUCAACAAAAGGACCUCUGGAUGGCUGUGAAGUGAAAUCAGGAGCCUUGGCUGAACCAAACAGCCAAUACUUGUCAACUGACAGUCAGUAUCUAUCGCCUAGUAAACAGUCAAAAGACGCUCCCUUCAUUGCAUCAGAUCAGAUGGCUAGGGCAUUUGCAGAUGUGCAUUCCCGAGUAAGCCGAGACUCAAGUGAGAUGGACUCUGUUCUGGAGCAGUUAGACCGUUCAGCCCGGGAUCUAGGCAGGGAGUCGGUGGAUGCCGAGGAAGUUGUCAGAGAAAUAGACAAGCUCUUGCAGGACUGUCGGGGAAGCGACCCUGUGGCUGUCAGAAAGUGAGGGGAAAAUAAGGACAGGCUGGCAGUUACAUUCCUCUUCUGCUGAUUAAAAACAAAACAAUCAAAAAUAAAUAAAUAAAUCAUAAAAUCCCCUGGCUGUAACAGAUUUACAAGAAUGAAGGAAGACCAAUGCUGCUUUAAGGCUUUUAGUGAACAUCUGAAGUGCCCACAAGUAUGUUCUUUUCACUGCUCUUUCUUUUUGACAGAUAACACUGGUUUCAUUUUGACCAAACUUUCAUUAGGACAGAGUCAAGUACACUAAGAACUAUAUGAAUGAAGGAAAGAUGGUGCCAUUUUGACAAUCUGAUAGGAAGGUGUGAGAAAGGUGGAAUGGAAAUACAUCUGAUACUUUGAGACUGUCCUCAAUAGCUGAUGCUGACUUUACUGUUUACGUAUAAACCCCAAGAAAAACAGGGUUGAAUAUUUCUGCUGAUCUGUGGUGAAUUUCCAGCAGUGACCGCAGGCUUCUACUGAAAGUCCUAAAAAGAGUUCUUGUAGUAGUCCAAGUGACACCGAACAUUAACAUUCAUUUGUGGUAAACAUUUAUGUACAAAGUUAUCUGCCACAAAUAUGAGAAAAGAAAAAAAAAAAAAAAGAAAGAAAAAAAAAGAAGGAACAAGAAAACAAACAAAAACCCACCAUUCCAAUUCAUUACUCAACAAAACAUAUCCUGAUCAUUAGUAAAACACUUCAUAUCACAUUAAGGUUAAAUGUAAAAUGAUAUAGUCCAUCUUGUCCUGCACACACAUAAGAUAAUUCACUUGAUAAAAAAAGAAAAAAAAAAAAAGAUUUUAAUAUCUAUUUAGCAUUUUAGUGUCCAACAAAACUAUAGUUAGUGAUAAGUUUAAAAGAAAAAAAAAAGGGAGAAAUAAGUUUUGAAAAAAAAAUAGUUACCUUUCAUGGUAAUAAUGCGCAAAAGAAAUUAACAUUAUUAACACUUUUAUAUUCAUUUGUGGACACUAAAAUAGCUCAGGAAAGUGAAAAUGUCUUAGACAUCCACACAAAUCACAUGAUCAUUUAUAUGUGCAAAUGUAAGAAGAUUCAGUGUGUUUACAUCAAAUGACAUAUUUUUAUUGAUUUAUUGCAGAUUCAGUGCAUAUGAGCCAAAUUGUUGAGUGUAUAAGAGCUAUAUUGUGUAUUUUAUUAAAUUAAUAUAUAGUUGUGUUGCAAAAAUAUUUGGGCUUAUAUUGUAAAUGGCAAGUGUUGCCUCAGUAGCUGUCGAACUCUAUGAGUUUUGUUUUUUCCUGCUUCCUUUUCCCCAUGGAUUGUGGGAAGCAGUGCCUCAGAGCAAAGUCUCUUGUUUAAUGUAUGGUCUACAAAGUACUGCAGUACAUAAUCUGUUCAAAAUGUGUUUGAGUGAGCUGAUGGAGCUAACUGAAUGGCCUACAAAUACAUCCAUCAGUCAUGGUUAUGUGCAAGUCCUUGUAGAAGCUAAACAUGCAAACACAUAUUUAAUAACAAAAAUUACACUCAAACCCACACCUGGAACCUCCUUGUUUGUUUUGUUCUGUUUUGCUUUCCCAAACACAUGCAGAUAGUCUAUUUAAUGUAGGAUAUUUUAUUGACUUCUUAAGAGAUGACACCCUUUUUAAAGUUUUGCUAAUAAGUUGAGAGAGCUGCAAACAUGUCAGUGCCAAAACAUGUCAAGCCAUAAACAGUAUUUUUUCUGAUUCUUUAGAUUAUGCCAUUGAUUACUGUAGUUCUAGUUAUACAUGGUUUAUCUGGGGGGUGGGGGGUGAGGGGGAAGUUUUAGUUUUGUUUUCAUUUGUUCCAAAAAAUAUUUGCAGAAUAACUUGGAAAGAGUUUCAACUUUUCAAAUAAUUUUUCUAAGGGUAAUUUUAUUGCAUUUGAAAAUUUCAAAAUUACCUUCAGAUGGAAGUUGAAAAAAGACAACCUGCAUUCAAAAUAAAAUAACAUAAAAGAAAAAGAAGAAAAAGAAAAAGAAAAAGAAAAAGAAAAAGAAAAAGAAAAAGAAAAAGAAAAAGAAAAAGAAAAAGAAAAAAAAAGAAAAAAAAAUGUUUAGCUCAGGGUCUGUCCUUACAUGCCUCAGAUACUCUUGGAUGCUCUAUGGCACAUUUUUUAAAUAUAGUGUCUGGGUUAUAUUAAAUUUAAACUCUACUAUACAAACACAAAUAAAAGAGGUUAUUUAAUUUAGGUUGGCAAUCUCAAAUCUCACAAAACCAUACUUUUCAUCAGUUCAAGGAAUAACAGCUACAUUUUCAUGUUGGCAUUGCUGUUAAAGGGUGAUUUUAAUUAGUCGGUCCUACAAUGAAUUGUCUUUGGUUGUUGGAAACACACAUUCUGAAAGUUUGCUCUUAGCUCCUGCUGUUAGAAGAAGUUUACAAUUACAUGUAAACAAAGGAUCUUGUACAUGUUUUAUCAAGCUACUCUCCAUGUUUUGGACAAUUUAUGUAACUAAAAUGUGGUGUUGUCUGUGUUAUAUAUAUUUUUUUCUUUUUGGCCAGGAGACCCGAGAUUGAUUUUGCUUGAUAGCUUGAUAGCUUGAAAUUCCAUAGUGGAGAGGAUUUCCUAUCAUUUGAUCAGUCUUUUAUACGUAUUUCUGUGGUGCUCAUCACUUCAGUGUCUGUGCACCAAGUCUUUAGCUCUGCCAGUGAGAUCCAUUAUUCAGCAAAAUCUAAGCCAGUAUGUAAAUGCAGUCAAGUGAUAGAGAUUUGUGUAUUUUAUAAAUGAUUUUAACACUGAGUAACCAAUUGUACAAUUCAUUGUAUAUGUCUGAAGACAUAAACCCACAAUAUUUUGAGAAAGGGCUGUGCCAAUGUAAGAAGAAUUUACCUUAAGGCUCUCUGUCACUAGUGAUUUACUAGCUUUAGCUGUUUAACACAUUAUCUGUAUUUAGUAGUGAUUAUUUAUUUACCACUCUGAGGUAAUUCAGAAUUCAUGACUCACAGCUUUAUAGAAGAGUUUAGGAAAUCUUGCUUUUAUUUAAUUUGUCUGACAACUGCCUUGUGUUGUAGAUCUUUGGCAUACUGCUUCCAGUAAGCAUAUCCCAGGUUAAAAAAUCCAUUUCAUAAUUUAGGAUUCAUAACGUACCAAAAAAAACAGUGAAGCUUAUACAUUGUGAGUUUUGCUGGUUCAGUUAAAAUUAACGUGAUUAUGUGUGAAGGAAAUACCACACACAAAAGAAUUAAAAUGUAUAUUUUUUUUCUCUUUGGUAUCUCUGCUAUUUAUCACCACUGGAGAAAGAGACAGCAAUGGAAGAUGGAGUUUGCGCUAUUUCUCUCGUUCUUAUGUACGUCUUAUAAAACUGAAAUAAAAUGUCUGUCACAUGACAAUAGAGAGAAUGGCUGAGCUAAGGGAAAGAAAGUAAAGUGAUGAAUAAAAUUGUACUGUACACUGUGAAUAGAGCAUAAGACAUUUUGUAUUUUACUUCCUUUUUUUUUUUUUUUUUUUUUUAAAUUAAUGAAAGCCAACAACUGAGAGUUCCUUAAAAGAUUCGCCAAUCAAAUCAGGACUCAAAAUCAGACCUUAUUUUUUGCCCUCUUUUUUCCUAGCAGGAACAUCAGGAAAGAGAUUCUUCUAAACUAUGAUUUGCCACCUGAGGAGAUAGGCUUUGCAGUCCAAGCUACUCCCAGAAGUUAAAUAUUGCUCACAAUGGAGCAAGGUACAUCACCCAAACAAACUUUUAAGCUGUUUGUUGCCUAAUGGAAGGGAAAUUGCUAAGGUGAAGAAGUCAGAAGCCUAGCAUAUUAUACACCCACUAUUGUUUAACUACUUUCUUUUGACAUGAGGCAAUGAUUACUAUUGCAUUAAUUCAAAUGGAAGUUUUGGCUAUCAAGAUUUGUUGAAGUAUAACUGAAUGAAACCUGAUUAAGGUUUUAACUUCUCUGGCCCAGUUGUGCUACAGGUUGGCAUUCACUUUUAUCAGCCCAUGUCUCCCCAUAUGGCUCAAAGUUGCACCAAUGACUGGUGAAUGACACACAAACAUACAAGAAACAAGCAAGCAAACAAACAAACAAAAAACCCCACACAAACAAACAAACAAAAGCAGCAUACAUUGUAUGAAUUAUCUCAAACGCUAUUGUUCAAUGGCUGUGUUUAAUGUGACCUAUCUGGAAAAUGAGGACUAUGAAUAAAAAGCAAUUACUAAUAGUGGUGUUGCCUGCUUUUGCAUUCAUUAACACAGAAGAAAUGUGUUAAACACUGCAUACCACAGGGAGCCUGAUGGUAAUUACUUUGGAAAAGCAACUUGUGGCAUUGCGGCUGUUACAGCUAGUUAUCAGUUUGCCAAAAAAAUGACAGUUCCUGCUUCAUUUAUUAGAAAUGUGUAACCGUUUUCUCUCAACAGGAAGGUGGUGAAGAGUUUUCAUCAAGCUGGGUAGGUUUAUCUUUUAAGCAGCUGAUGUGCUGAAUCCCUACAGGCUGUUAUUUGCUCACAGAUAUAUGGAGCUGAAUAAAGGAUAGUUUGGUUCAGUACGCUGGUGUGAGUUCACCAAAAGCAUUAUAAAUGAGGGUAAAAGUUCUCAAAGGCUGUCAGCCCAACAUGAAAGAUCAAAACACAGCCUGAGUAUACAAGUGGAGAAAAUAAUCUAAAGAAUAUAAGGCCUUUUUUUUCUUCUUCUUUUAUUUUGUGUGUGUGUGUGUGUGUGUCUUUCUUAAGAGCCUGAGUAAAUAAUUUCAUUUCAUGUUGCUGUAAACAUGACAAAAGCUGAGAAAAUAUGACUGUGUCCUAUGUCCUGCUGAUUGUGGUUGUUAUAAUUUAAUACCUUAAUUAACCUUUUUUUUAAAAAAAUAAAAAAAAAUAAAAAAAAAUAAAAACAAAAAAUGGAAAGAGAAAAGCAAAAAAAAAAAAAAAA